GAUGGAAAUCUUGUCUUGGCAGAAGCUAAUGGUCGAAUUGCUUGGCAAACAAACACAGCUAAAAAAGGCGUCACUGGUUUCAAGUUGUUACCAAAUGGUAACUUUGUCCUUCAUAACUCAAAGGGAAAAUUCAUUUGGCAGAGUUUCGACCAUCCCACCGACACUCUUUUAGUGGGCCAAUCUCUCCGCUUGUCAGGCCCGAAUAAGCUUGUGAGCCGGGCCUCCAUGAAAAAGAACGUAAACGGGCCUUACAGCUUGGAAGUGAAACCGAAAAUAUUCGGUAUCUAUAACAGAACCAAGCUUGCCGUGGAAUUAGCUUGGUUUGAUUUCAAAAAUAGCACUUUGGAAUCAAUAAAAUUGAACAGCGGAAAUCAAAGGGUGAAGUUGGACUACAGAUUGGCUAAAUCAACAACAAGAAAUUCCCAUGUUAUGGCGUUCACUAAAAUCAACACAACUUUAACAUACCUUCGGCUAGAAAUAGAUGGAAAUCUCAAGGCCUACACUUUCUACGAAGACAAAGAAGAAGACAGAUUCCGUUGGCGCGUAACUUAUAACAUGCUUUAA